GGGAUCCCAGGGGGGUUUCUACGAUUAGUCAGUACCCAGGAGGGCGGGAUAGAAAGGGUGCAGAUCUACGACCCGAUUGGCUUCGGGCUCAGCUGGGAGGCGGGACGAAUUCUUGGUUGGGGGAAACCCACGAGGGGACGCGGCGGAGGAGGGUCGCUGUCCACCCGGGGGCGUGGGAGUGAGGUACCGGAUUCAGCCCAUUUAGCCCCGACGCCUCUGUUCUCGGAAUCCGGGUGCUGCGGGUUGGGGUCCCGGUUCCUAACGAAUCUCUGCUGGAUUGGCCGUAACCCUGUCCCCGAGCGGGCUCACAGGGUCUGAAGGCCACGCACGAAGCAAAGGUAAAGUUCUGAGCCACCCGGUGCCUCCUUCCCAGGACUGCAAGAUGGAGGAAGGCGGGAACCUAGGAGGCCUGAUUAAGAUGGUCCAUCUACUGGUCUUGUCAGGUGCCUGGGGCAUGCAAAUGUGGGUGACCUUCGUCUCAGGUUUCCUGCUUUUCCGAGGCCUUCCCCGACAUACCUUCGGACUAGUGCAGAGCAAACUCUUCCCCUUCUACUUCCACAUCUCCAUGGGCUGUGCCUUCAUCAACCUCUGCAUCUUGGCUUCACAGCAUGCCUGGGCUCAGCUCACAUUCUGGGAGGCCAGCCAGCUUUACCUGCUGUUCCUGAGCCUUAUGCUGGCCACUGUCAACGCCCGCUGGCUGGAACCCCGCACCACAGCUGCCAUGUGGGCCCUGCAAACCGUGGAGAAGGAGCGAGGCCUGGGUGGGGAGGUACCAGGCAGCCACCAGGGUCCCGAUCCCUACCGCCAGCUGCGAGAGAAGGACCCCAAGUACAGUGCUCUCCGCCAGAAUUUCUUCCGCUACCAUGGGCUGUCCUCUCUUUGCAAUCUGGGCUGCGUCCUGGGCAAUGGGCUCUGUCUCGCCGGCCUUGCCCUGGAAAUAAGGAGCCUCUAGCAUGGGCCCUGCAUGCUAAUAAAUGCUUCUUCAGAAA